GACUUCCGGAGUAGAACGAACAUAUGCGAAAAUAGCUUUUAUUAAGUUUUUAAUCCCAUUUUAUGUGUUCAAUUUUAUGAAUAUGAACAUUUUGAAUGAAGACUAAACGCUACUGUACUAGUUGAAGAAAGACCAUUCGCGAGCGGGAAAAAAAUUCAGAGUUGCGAUGUCCUUGCUUGAGGACGCGCUGGACCUUCUACGUCUGGUGCUCGACUAUUUUGGAGUGCCUCCCGAAGUGCUUCUUCACGUGCGGGACGGUCCGCCGCGCGGCCGCUAUCGCAGCAUCGUGAGAAUGAUCGGCUCCGGCGUGCCUCUGGCACCCGCGCCGCGUGUUUACUUUCAGAUACCGCUUCUCGCCUCCGGGCCGCAAGGAUACGCGGACUUAGCCGUGGAAACGCCCGCCGUCCCAUCGUUUGCUGACGUCCUGUGGGUACUCGAGGACGAAGGGGAAAAUUUUGCAAAAACCAGGCACCAUCUAGCCCCGAGGAAACUGGCGAGCGGGCCGGCGCGCCGACAAAAGACGGAGCCGGACGCCCUAAGGAAAAUCUCUGCGCUGGAGAGCGAGCUGCUGGAGCUGCGAGCUCAGAUUGCCGCCAUCGUGACCGCGGGCCUCCCGGAGUCCCGUGACCCGCCGGGAAGGCCGUCGACGUCGGCCGAGCCCCCCGCGGCGCUCGCGUCCGCGCCUCUCCGCGGCCCUCCUCCGGCUCCGCCUCUUCCUCCUCCUUUCUCCCCGUCGUCCGUAGGGGGCCCGAUCCGACGGCGCGACGAGAAUACCGUGAACCGGAAGCCGUCGAAAGCCGUUCAAAACUUGCCGUCCAUGUUGGACGUUCUCAAAGAUUUGAAUGGAGUCAAGCUGCGCGCCGUCCAGAGGUCACCGGGCGGCACGCCGGUCCGGAGGAGGCGGAGCAAAAGGAGCGGGGCCGAAGACCCGGCGGCGCUGAUCGCCCGAGCCCUCGAGAGGAAGUUCGCUCGGCAUCGGCGCGACGAUUCGUCGGACAAAGAGAAUUCGCCGGAAAGCUCGCCGUUCGGCAGUCCGGACGAGCCUGAGACAAGGCGCCGUGCUCGACGCAUCCAGCGCUCUCCCCAUUUGUGACGACGACGACGUCCGCCGAAGGCCGAAAAUCCCGCAGGUUGCCAUUUAGACUUUUUGCAGUCAUCGGAUGAUGCCGUUUUAUGAUGUUGAACGCAACACCGAAGAGCGCAAUUGUUUCUACGGUCACUGUAGGAAGGCGACGUGUAGUCCAGUAACUCAUACGCUGGGCAAAUUUUCAGUUCAUUUGCAUGUUGAAAUAUAUAUAUUUUUUCCAUAUUCAUCCUUGGCGUGUAAGCAGAUGUUUGUUUCCGUGACGUUCUGUGCACACACCCUAUCAGUUUGUUUCAUUUUCUGAAAUGUCAAGGGUGGGGGGGCGCCACUGCUUUUUUUCCCCCGACAUGUCGUUUUUGACAUACUGUAUGAGGCAAACCCUCAUUUCUUACAGUCGACCAUUUUUGCGAUUGUCGAUAGUGACUAUUACUCCGGGCUUAAGAUUUAAGCUGGAAAUGGGCCCUCCUUUGAGC